UCGUGGUCCCGACGUGACUGGACGUGACCCCGAAGGAAAGAUCGGUGGAAGCGGUGUGUAGUGCGCGCGAGUCACGUCUCCAGUUUUCGUUUUCGAGGGACGUGCAGGAUUCACUCGUGCGAGGGCUCGUCACCGCGACGGAGUGAUGCGCGGUGCGAGGAACGCGAGGGGACGGUCUCUGACGAUCGGCGAGAUUGUUGUUUACAUUCCCCUUCAAGCGCAUUCUCGCGGGACCGCCAUAUAGGGAAACCACCUUGCUCCUUCCGCGUACACGUCGCGUGCCUUUCUCGAAGGGCUCCUGAAAUCGCACAAGUGGCAUAACACUCUGACGUAUCGACGAAGGAGGUAUUAUGGACCGUCUGGAAAGGUAUCGAUAAAAUCGAAGUGCUUCCUUUAGCUCCGAGAAGGCGAACUACUGCUUGCUGGACCGUUGAUUCACGUUGAUCCGGGUUUAAGCUGCGCUACUGUAUAGGAGAUUAGAAAAAGGUAAAGAAAGAUAACGAAGAGGGUACUGGCCGUAAACACAUCACUCGAACGUAUCUUCUGAGAUUCUUCAAAUUUCUCGGGGAUGAGUGACAGCUGCGUUUUCUUCCGACAGAAAUGAUUUACAAACAACUGAGGGAUUGAAGAUUUCAAGACGGGGGAAUUUUUCUUCUCGAGGAGGCUAAACACUGAACCAUCUGAUUCACCUUUGAUCCACCACUCAUGAUACUGCGAUCCUUCUAGGUGGUUCAGAAGUCUAUCCGGGAGAAUAAAAAGAAGACUUGGCGAGGUCUGGUUCUAAGAGUACUUAAUUCGAAUGUGGGUGGAAAGAGGUGAUCUAUUACGAUCUGAUUUCCGCGGAAGCUACCGCGAAGCGACGAAGAUGUGACAUAUCAUCCUGGAUGACGAACGUUGUAACGUUGUGAGAGAGAAAAUAAAAAAGAAAAAUGAUACACGCAGUAGUAGUCGUGGUUCUCGCUCUGAUCUCCGUCAGUGUAUCCGCCUACGAGCAUACCGCCGCGGAUCAGUGCGACUGGUCCGGAAGCGGAGGAGAAAGCGGUGGUGUCCGGCCGGUGUACCUGCGCUGUGCUCGAGGAACGGUAUUAUGGCGUUAUCCUCAUGACGCUUUGAGAGUAGUCCUUUCCUUCCCGGUCUCAUUCUUGGAGAACAAUUCUCUCAGCUAUCUGGGUUUCCGUGCCUGCAUCAAGAUCUCUGGGCCUGUGCGGGUCUUUCUGGAAGCUGGCGGCAAGUUGAGACAACUCUAUUCUCCGUCCGAUGGCAAGCAUGAACUUACACACCGGUGCUUCCGCUCGCGAAAACAUAUAGCCGCACUUUACAUGGAAGCUGAGGAUGAUUAUUCCUUCAAAAACACGAAGGUUAAGCUGCAAUACGAUCUAGAGCCGAAUUCUGUAAAGGGGGGAACACUUCGUGUGCCGGACGAAGAGGAGGACUGCAGACCUUGCUCCAUGGAUGAACUCGCCAAGGCUUACUGUCAAAGCGACUUGGUUGCUAAAGGCACUGUCACUGACGUCGAGCAGAAUCCUAAGAUGGAUACGGCUGAACUGAUACUUAGGGUCACCAAGAUUCUGCGCUACGUAGCCCAGGAAGCUGAGGGCAAUGAAAUUGACGCGUCUUUUAAGAAGAGCGUGCGUGUGCGAAUACCAAUGGUAUGUGAUGCGCGGCACGGCCUCGGUGAAUUUGUGAUAAUGGCCAAACGACGUCUCGGAGAUCUCACCUUGGUAUGUGCGCCUCGACUGGAGGCGUGGAUGCAAAUUGUACAUGAAAUGGACAAUGCGCCCUGCGUCCUUCAUAGUUAGCUAAUGAGAUUUAAGGUGAUUUUCUUUGGAAAGUCGUAAAGAAAUGUACACGAUAUACAAUAGAUAAGACAGUAUCGUGCUGCAAUAUCGUGUUGCAAAAUUGGAAAUUAACGCAAUCAUUAAAAAAGUAAUAUCAUAUAAAAAACUGUCCGUCGAGCCAUUUGUACAAGGAUAUCGUGUAUAUAGGGAAUAUCAUUCUUUGUGUACAUACUGCAUACUGUCAGAUUGUCGAUCUCCAAACUGUGAUAUUAUUUGUUGCAUUAAGAACACGGAAGAACGUGCGAACGAAGAAACGGAAAGCACAUUUGCCUUAUACUUGUUCUAGAGAUUAGAAAAAUCAUUAUGUAUAGAAUAUCCCAGACAUCGCUCACUCUUUCUCUUGAAAAUUUUCUUUUCGUAAUUCUUAUUUUCUCUCUUUUUUUCUUAUCCUA